GGCGUUUGAGUGGCAAGUUGUUUGUUACAGCGAACACCAGCUGCUGCUGCGCCGGGCGCCGCGCUCCGCCGGGCGCUGUUUGCUUGUCCACCCUGUAGCUCGCUGCACCCCGCAGGUUCUCCCCAGGCCUCCCCCCCCCCCUUUUUUUUUUUUUUGCAACUUGCCAAGCUUCCUUUUUCUGGAUCAAAUACGAAUCAGUCCAGCACCGAGCUCCGGGCCCCCUUCCCUGGGCCGGUUGCCCCACGGCUUGGGGCGUGCAGGGGGCGGGGGCCGCGGCUCGUCCCCGUCCCCGUCCCCCCCACUCGGGCCACCGCGGAUGAUCCGCCGUGGAGGACCUCUGGGCGGACGAUGGAACUGCACAUUUUGGAACACCGGCUUCAAGUUGCCAGCGUCGCCAAGGAGAGUAUCCCGCUCUUCACCUACGGCCUCAUCAAACUUGCCUUCCUGUCUUCCAAGACCAGGUGCAAGUUUUUCAGCCUGACAGAGACCCCCGAGGACUACACCAUCAUCGUAGAUGAGGAGGGCUUCCUUGAGCUGCCCUCCUCCGAGCACCUGAGCGUGGCUGAUGCCACCUGGCUGGCGCUGAAUGUGGUGUCUGGUGGCGGCAGCUUCUCCAGCUCCCAGCCCAUCGGUGUUACGAAGAUCGCCAAGUCUGUCAUCGCUCCACUGGCUGACCAGAACAUCUCCGUGUUUAUGUUGUCUACCUAUCAGACCGACUUCAUCCUGGUACGUGAGCGUGACCUGCCCUUUGUCACUCACACCUUGUCCUCGGAGUUCACCAUCCUUCGGGUUGUCAAUGGAGAAACGGUGGCGGCUGAGAAUCUCAGCAUCACCAAUGGCUUUGUGAAGCCCAAGAUGGUCCAGAGGCCAGUCAUCCACCCACUGUCCAGUCCAAGCAACAGGUUCUGUGUCACGAGCCUGGACCCUGACACGCUGCCGGCUGUCGCCACUCUCCUCAUGGAUGUGAUGUUCUACUCCAACGGAGUGAAGGACCCCAUGGCUGCCAGUGAUGACUGUGGCCACAUCCGCUUCUUCUCCUUUUCUCUUAUUGAGGGCUACAUCUCACUGGUGAUGGACGUACAAACCCAGCAGAGGUUCCCGAGUCAUCUGCUAUUCACGAGCGCGUCUGGAGAGCUGUGGAAGAUGGUGCGGAUAGGAGGACAGCCUUUGGGAUUUGAUGAAUGUGGUAUUGUAGCCCAGAUCUCCGAGCCCUUGGCAGCCGCCGACAUCCCAGCAUACUACAUCAGUACUUUCAAGUUUGAUCAUGCAUUGGUUCCAGAAGAGAAUAUCAGUGGGGUUAUCCAUGCCCUGAAGGUCAGUCAAGGAGGGAAACAUUAGAAAAGGCUCAUCUCUGGGCUCCUCCCUGCCACAGCCCACCUGGGCGUUUCCCUAACGAAGGUUGUUCUUGCAGUAUUUCCCUAAGGACUUGAAAGAUCGGCCCAGGGACCCUAAGGACAGGGCCUCUGGGACACUCCCCGAUUCCUGAAUCCUCCAGGCCGGGGCCUAAACCAAGGCCACCCCUCAUCCACCUCCUGCCUUCCAGAGUCCCUAGCCUUUUCAAUAAUGACUCCGUUUCCCCCCUGUGGGGACGUGCCCAUCUUCCUCCCCAACGUUCCAGCCCAGAAAGUGGUCUGUGAGGCCCAGGAGGCUUGGGAACAGCCCACGGCCUCACAGACAGCCCACAGCAAACACCAAAGGAAGCUGUCGCCUCCCACGAGACCUCGGGACAUCUUAGGAUGUUGCUGGCGCAAGAUUGGGUAUGCAGAGCUGGGGAAGCCCCCAUGAGGCCCCACCCCCAGGAUUAAUGGUGUGGUGGCUGCUCUAUUUUCAGAGGCUCCGGGGCUGGUUCCCUCAGAAUGGAGGCCAGCAGGCUGCCCUCAGGUCAUAAUGGCCAGUGAUUCUCAGACAGUAGCAGUGGGCUCCCUACCCCCAAGCUGGGGGGGGGGGACACCCUAGAACCCUACCUGCUGACUACACAGGGCCUGUUCUGAUUCCCACUAUGACUGCCAAGAGGGGCCCUGGGCCAACCUCCCACCCAGCACUUGUCCCUGGAGGAGGAAGGAAUCCCAGGACACCUCUCUUCCCACCAGCCUAGAGCACCAGCUUCUAUCUGUUCUCUUUUCGCUCUCCCCAGACCUAACACGGGCAAACAAAGACUCAGUUUUCUUCCGGCAGUGGGCACCCCCACCAGCCCAGGCCUAGGGUGCCUUGGGCUGUGUCCACCUCCCCAGCUGUCACUUAGACCAGCCUAGAGUUGUCCCCCCCUUCAUUUUCUCUCUUCCCCACUUUCAGGGGACAAAGAGGCCCCAGGUCAAAUACCUGCUGGAAAUAGUAGCCAGCAGCAGUGUGUGGCUGUGGCGAUGCCUGAGAGGCGGCUGUGCUAGGCAUCCAUAGAGAAGAAUCACGGUUGCAGUUUGCUUACGCACUGUUUGUGCUUACAGGCAGCUGGGGAAGGAGCAUUGUGUUUGGAGGAGGUGGGGCCUGUUUGAGUCUUAGCAGGGUGCGCAAGGGUCCACUGGCACUUUGCACCGUGUCUCUGGGCACAGACACGAAGGCGAACAUGGAUCUUAAGGAUCUUGGCCUUGCCUUCUGAGAAGGGUUCUGGGUUGCAGAGCUCUCCACACCAGGACCCCAUUAGCACCCCUAUAAGGCAUCCCAGCGUAUCACAACUGAGAGCGGCGCCAUUAGCUGGGACUCCGUCAGACUUCUCGCUCUUGGGGUUCUUCUCAGGCCUGUCUUGCACUGUGUCCGACAAGGUCAGAGGAGGGAAUGUUUACUCACCCCUGCACAGGUCUUGUGUGAGCUGUGCUCCUUUCUUCUCUGGGCCGCAGAAGUACACUCAGGUGGAGGAAGGAUUCUAAAACCAUGUGGAAGCUCAGAACCCGGCAUGCUAAUCAAAAUCACCUCUGGUUGAUUUUGGUGGGUUUGGUUUGGGCUUGGAGGGUAUUCAUUCCUUUUGCACAAAAUCCUUACAAUAACCAAAUCUUAUCAAUUGUUUUCUGGUCCCAAAAGGGAAAUGGCCGAGUGGGCAGGGCCAUAGUGAGGCCCCGGAGUCCCCUUUCUCUCUCCCUGGAAGGCCUUGAUUGUCCAGGGCGCACCUCUUCAUAACCGCUUCUGUCUCGCUUUCCAGUUAUCCCUCCCCACCAUGUAAGUGUGCUGACGCCAUGCCCCCUGCCCAUAGUUAUGUGGCCCCCUAGACUUGCUAGGAUAAGACUGUAUUGUACACACCUAUAAAUACGUGUUUUAUGUUGAUAGAGAUAUAUUCUGUAAAUAGCAUAUAUACUUGAGCAAUAUAUAUGUUAAUAUAUUCUGUGUGCGCAGGACACAGGCAAGGGCCCCACCUCAUGUGCACACACACUGGGACAUUUUGAGCCACCUUAUAUUUUUAAUUCAAACAUGUAGGCAAUACGAUGAUUGGAAAAGCCUUGGGGUCCUUGAGGCCAGCCUGGAGGGGAGACAGAACCGACAGCCUGCUGCGUGUGGGGCAGCCCGAGAGGGCCAGCUACGAGAGGGCUUUGUAGCUGCCGUGCCCCCAUUUCCACAGCCUAGAGCUCUGGAUGCCCUUGCUUUAUCUGAGGGGAUCGGGAUGUUUUCGCUUGCAUUUUAACAGUGGUUCCUCCCUCAGGGCCAGUCUGCAAACUUUGGUAAACCCCGUGUUUCAGCCCUCCCUCCCAGAGUCCCUUCGCCAUAGAAAGCUGUAGACCUGGCUGGCAUCUUAGCCGACUUUUGCUGUUGUUGUGUUAUUUGUUCUCUUAAGGCAGGAUCUCUUUGCAUAGCUCUGGCUGUCCUGGAAUUCCCUAUGUAGACCAGGCUGGCCUUGAACUUGUAGAAAUCUGCCUGCCUCUGCCUCCCAAGUGCUGGGAUUAAAGGUGUGUGCCGUCACACCGGCCGAUUUAUUUUUUAUUUUAUUUUAUUCCUGCAAGCUUAGGAAUCUCAGGUUCUCUUCCUAGGACUGACCCCACAGGACCCGGACCAUACAUAUUCCCCCAACUAUGUUUUCAGAGAGAAGCUGGGGCCUGGGUUCUGCCUGCCAGCCUUCAAGGGACCCACUGUUUAGCUACAGUGGGUCCUGGGUAGCACUGGCAUGACUUGGUCUCUACAGCUCUGCAGGGCGUGACAGCCCCCAGGCCUUCCACUCUUGUGUGUUUAGUGCUGUCUCCCCUCUCCUGGUUAUAUGAGCGUGAGGGUCACUUCUCUCACACACACACCCUCAGGCUGACCCAGCCUCUAGCGGCAUGCCGGUCAUCAGUCAGGGUUCUCCAGGGGACGUUACUUUUCUGAGCUCUCUCAGUUCCUAGCAGUACAGAGUCGCUCUUGGCUCACGGGGAGGGUAGGAGAACAGGCUGUUAGGAAGGUAAAGUUUAUGGAAACUUAGCCCCACCCCCACCCCGGGCAGGGCAACUCAUGAACUCUAGAGGUGUGUGUGUCUGCCUGAAAGGCACCCUAAAUCAGAAAGGCGCACGCUGGGCUGUGGCUCAGCAGAUAGUGUGCUCGCCUACCAUUUAUGAAGCCCUGGGUUCAGUUCCCAGCACUCAGGAGAUGGUGGCAGACAGAUCGUAAGUUAAGGCUAGCCUGAGCUACAUGAGAAGUGUCUCAAAAACAAAAGUUAAAUAUCAACUGCACAGACUAAAAAGACCAUCCAGUGUCCUCACUGACAAAUGCCACUCCACCCUCAGCCCUUUGGCUCAGCCCCACAACCUGGGGCACACCUGCUUCCCAAGAAGUUACUUCUCCCCCAUGCCCCAGCAGCAUGGGAACUGUAUGUUUUCCCCACUGGGUCUCUAAAGACCCACCCCACCCACCCAUAGAGGCAUGCGGCCCCACCCCCAGGGGAACCCCUUCCCUGAGCCUCCCGCAUCAGCAGUCACCCUGUCCCUGCAGGUGACGGGUCCCUGGUGCGCUGGGACAGAUCCGUGGACCUGGUUCUGUCUGUGCCCAUCAGCCAUUGCUGAAGCAACCUGCUUAGGCUGGUGAGGUGGCCCCCCCAUGAUGCAAGGAACUGUGCAAGUGGAAAGCUAUUCGGGCAGGUGGAAAGGAGCUAGCCCCUAAGCACAUGCAGUAUACACCACACACAUGCCCCCGCCGCCGCCUUUUGUCUGGUACAUCAUCUCCAAAGAAGGUCUGAGCCACCUGCCACCAAGCCCUCCCGGGCACAUUCCCCAGGCUGGCCUUUCAAAGUCCCCAGCCAGCCCUGGGCCAGCAGCCCGAGCCUCUGGACUGGAUGUGGGGAUGAUAUGGGUGAGGCAGCUGACAAAGGGAGCUGAAGGGAGAAAAGGUCUAUUUUGACUCUUGAGUUUGACGGGACAGUCCACCAAGCCGGGGAAGGCUUAGCAGCAGGAGUGUGAGGAAACGGUCAUACUGGGCCUGGUCAGGAAGCAGGGAGAGGUGUGCUGGUGCUCAGUUGGCUUUCUCCUUUUUAUUCAGGACAGGAGCCUAGCCCACGGUAGGCCUGCUCACCUCAACUAAUCCAGUCUCUGACAGACCAACUCAGAGGUUUGCCUUCUAGGUGGUUCUAGAUCCUGGCGAGGUGCCUGUUAUCCAGCACAGGACACCCCUCGCCAACAUCUGUUUCUUUUCUGGGAGCAGAACCGGGGAACCAUAGAUGAUGUCAGCACUUGGCUUGGUGGGGGGAGCCUGUCUCUUAACAGGGACAGGAUGCAGCUUUGGGUUUUCAAGUGAUGAGUACUGUGCUGAGGGUUGGAGUACAGCCUGGGAGGGUGGAAGACCUCCCUUCUGACAUCCAGAGGGAAGUGAGGCUGAGAUGGCCCAGAGCCAGCCAGCCUUGCUGUGCUGUGCGGGGCUGUUGUGGAGGACUGCAGCUAACUAACUUAGUAGUCCUAACCUCUUAAAUUUCAGAGUUCAUCCCAGCUACCUUUUCCGUAUCCAUUUUCCAAUCAGAAGCAGCAAAAGGACACAUUUAACUGACCCCGGGGUGACCCUAGCUUGAACUCCACCCUCCCCUAAGGCUACUCAACGGGGGAAGGGAGAUGCUGGGCUGUUGCUGAAGGCACCAGUAGAGGCCUGAGGCCUAGGCCAUGGAGCUUGUGGACAUAAAUUUGGUGUUGGUUUGUGGCACUUGGUAGAAGAGGAGGGAAGCUGGGAGAGUCAGAAGUACAGGCUGGCCCCAUCCGUGUGUCAGGAUGCUUUUAUUGACGUGUGUAUGUGUGUAUACAUGUAUAUUAGGCAUGAGUGUGUAUGCAACACGUGCAGAGCCUGUCUCAGAGCUGCGAGCUGUUUUGUGCAGUGUUUGGCCCUUAGCCUAACCCAUGGCCAGAGUUAACCAGAAAGGGAUGCAGGCCCCGGCUCCGGGGUGGAGUGUGGGGUUGCCCUGGUGGGAUAGGCGCCUUCCCCCAUUCUCUGCAUCCGCAAGACUGCCCCUCAGAGGCCCGGGGAGUCCAUGCAGGCAGCCUGAGCUGGCCCAGGCCCACCCAUGGGACUCUUCAGCCCAUUCAGUUCUAAAGACAGUGUUCGCAGGGAGAGGCGCUGGGGACAAGAGGUGCUCCUUGCUUAUGAGGAACUCUUCUUGGGAAAGGGUCCACAAAGCUAGAGACUGCAGCAAUGGGCACAAUUCAGGUCUCCGUGGGCUGAGCCUAGCAUGGUUUCCUUCCUACUGCCUCAGUCUACCUGUAUCACAGGAAGUUAGAGCAGGGUCAGCCCCAAAAGAAUAGGGAGAUGAAAGUGCAGCGUAGUUCCCCCAGCCCUCCUUUUGUAUGCCAAAAUCAUUUCCGUUAUCCUGAGGCAGGGGUCAGGCAUGGGUGCCCUGCCCAGAGCCCCAGCUGACCCUCACCUGGCAUGUCGUGCCCAGGUCACCAGCAACAGUGGUACUUCAUCAGUCCUGCAGCGUGGGUGAAAAGGAGGACUGUUGUCUGCUCCACCUCCAGGGCCCCUGUGCGUUCGUUUUCCUUGUCAAAGAAACAAAACCCUUGAGAGUUGUGUACUGUAUGAUGGAGAGGGAAAAAAAGUACCUAAUGUUCCCCCUAAAAAAAGACAGUAUAUUUUGUACUUUGUAAAGUGUUCAUUAAAUGAAGGGGAAAAGA